AUGGCUCCAGUCACUUUGUUUAUUUCAUUUCUUCUCACUAGUUUUGCUGUUCUUCACUCUGCUCAAGAAGACAGAAACUACACACGUUGUCAACCCUACUUAUGUAAUGAUGUAUUUGGCAGCCUCUCUUUCCCCUUCAAGUCUAAGGAACAACCUCCCGAAUGCGGAUUGUAUUCUGUUGAUUGUUCUGAAGUGCCUCCGAAGAUCCAACUUAAAGAGGGAGGAUACUGGCAUGAAAUUACAAGCCUCUCCAACAAUACUAUUUCGAAUGUUUCAGUGAUCAUUAGCGAAGAGCUUCGAGAGCGCUUAGUAAGUAAUCCUUGCGAUGAUGAGAACAUUGGGAAAUUAAGUCUUACCAGCCCUUCUCCAGCAUUUAAAGUGUCCGUCACACACGAUCAGACCCUGUUAAAAUGCAGCAAUCCCCUGAACACAACUUCUUAUAAGGAUCUUAAAUUCGGCUGCAAGAGUGGUCCUCUCCAUCGUUAUUAUUACUAUUAUAUUUCUUCCAACUCUGUACCAGGUCCUUCGCCUCCGUCACAGUGCUCAGUUGUUUGGCUCCCUCUUCUUACGGGUUGGAAUCUUUCGAAUCAACCUUCCUCUAAUUUCGCUCCUGAUUUCAUCUCUCCUAACUUCAGCCUUCAAGUGACAGUACCCAAAGAAUGUUGUGAAUGCAUUGCAACAGGAGGCAUUUGCCAGGUACACGAGGAAGAAACAGAAACUACUUGUUUACCUGCACCAAGUCCACCAACAGCUGGUGGAUUAGUUGGUCUCCUAGUCCUAGUACUGGUUGUACUUUGCUGCUUAAGGAGAAAGUUAGCGUCUUCUAGAUUUAUUUUCUUUUGGAAGAAGCAAAACCAAAAUCUGGAGGCCAUUCUAUCAAACUAUGGACUACUUCAAGUUAAAAGAUACAGCUAUUUCGAUGUUAAGAAGAUGACCAAUUCUUUUGAAGAAAAAUUAGGACAGGGCGGAUAUGGUGGUGUAUAUAAAGGAAAAUUAAAAGACGGCUCUCUGGUAGCGGUGAAGGUCUUAAACAGAUCAAAAGGUAAUGGAGAGGAUUUUAUGAACGAAGUUGCAGCUAUUAGUAGAACUUCCCAUGUCAACGUUGUCAGUUUGUUGGGGUUUUGUUUCGAGGGCUCAAAGAGAGCACUCAUUUAUGAGUUCAUGCCUAAUGGAUCUCUCGAGAAGUUCAUAUAUGAUGCAAAUAACCCGCAAAAGGAUCAUCACUUGGGAUGGGAAGCACUGGAACAAAUUUCACUUGGCAUUGCUCGAGGCCUAGAGUACUUGCAUCGUGGCUGCAACACAAGAAUUUUGCAUUUCGACAUCAAGCCUCAUAACAUUCUUCUUGAUGAGAACUUCUCACCAAAAAUCUCUGAUUUCGGCCUUGCAAAAAUAUGUGACAGGAAAGAGAGUAUUGUGUCAAUGUUGUAUGCAAGAGGUACCGCUGGAUACAUCGCUCCAGAGGUGUUCUGUAGAAGUUUUGGAGGGGUCUCGCACAAAUCGGAUGUGUAUAGUUAUGGAAUGAUGCUUUCGGAGAUGGCUGGGGGAAGAAGGAACAUCAAUGUUGAAGCUGAAAAUACUAGUGAGAUAUACUUUCCACACUGGGUUUACAAGCGUCUUGAAUUGGACGAGGAACUUGGCCUGCAGAGUAUCCAAAGUGAGGAAGACAAAGUACGAGCAAGAAAGUUGAUAAUAGUAAGCUUGUGGUGCAUACAGACUGAUCCCUCAAACCGACCAGCGAUGAAAGAAGUGAUAGAAAUGCUUGAAGGGAGUGUGGAGUCCUUGAAGAUACCACCCAAGCCCUACUUGUCUUCUCCUGCAAAAUCCCCUGCAGUGGCAGAUUCUUCUAGUACAUUGGUAUCAAUACAAUAA